AUGUUGCAAAUUGAAUUCCACAGAAAGUUUUAUAAACGUGUGAAUCAUAUAUCCAUUUCAGUGGUUCAGGCUGGCAACACUGUAGUUGCAAGUGCAGCAGCAGCUGGCAAGUGCAGCAGCAGCUGGCAAGUGCAGCAGCAGCUGGCAAGUGCAGCAGCAGCUGGCAAGUGCAGCAGCAGCUGGCAAGUGCAGCAGCAGCUGUCAAGUGCAGCAGCAGCUGUCAAGUGCAGCAGCAGCUGGCAAGUGCAGCAGCAGCUGGCAAGUGCAGCAGCAGCUGUCAAGUGCAGCAGCAACUGGCAAGUGCAGCAGCAACUGGCAAGUGCAGCAGCAACUGGCAAGAGCAGCAGCAACUGGCAAGUGCAGCAGCAGCUGGCAAGUGCAGCAGCAACUGGCAAGUGCAGCAGCAGCUGGCAAGUGCAGCAGCAGCUGGCAAGUGCAGCAGCAACUGGCAAGUGCAGCAGCAACUGGCAAGAGCAGCAGCAACUGGCAAAAGCUGUAGCUUGCAAGAUAAAGAGCUGUCAAGAGGCGCAUUCAUGCGGAUUUUGUAAGAAAAGCUUUUAUACAAGGACACGACAGAGGGGUUGUAAGGGGAACUCUUAA